GGUACCAAACUCUCUCCAGCUCUUUAGAAAUAUCUAUUAACUACCUUUACACAGAGUCUACUUUCUCACAGAAAGGACAGAGAUAUUAUCCACCAACACAAGCAGAUAUGGCGUCCUCCAACAGUGUCGUAUCUGAAGAGCAGUUCCUGUGCUCUAUCUGUAUGGAUGUGUUCACUGAGCCAGUCUCUAUUCAAUGUGGACACAACUUCUGCAUGGCCUGUAUCAGGAAGUACUGGGAUAGCAUUGAACUGUGCCAGUGCCCCAUGUGUAAAAAUACAUUUGAUAAGAGACCAGAUCUCUUUGUUAAUGCUUUUAUUUCUGAGAUGGCUGCUCAGUUCAGAAAGGCAGUUAAAAGGAAAGCUCCCAGCAGCCCAGACCAAUGCCCUGCCAAACCUGGAGAAGUGUCAUGUGAAAUCUGCACCGAGAUGAAGCUCAAGGCCCUGAAGUCCUGCCUGGUGUGUCUGACCUCUUACUGUGAGACUCACCUGGAGCCUCAUCAGAGAGUCGCAGCCUUAAGGAGACACAAGCUGAUCGACCCUGUUGAGAACCUGGAAGACAGGAUAUGCAAGACGCACGAGAGACUCCUGGAGUUGUUCUGUAGGACUGACCAGAUGUGUGUUUGUGUCUUAUGCAUAAAAACAGACCACAAGACUCACGAUAUGGUCCCUCUAGAGGAAGAGUUUGGAGAGAGGAAGGGUAAAUUAGAAAAAACAGAGGCAAAAGUGCAGCAGAAGAUCCAGGAGCGACUGGAGAAGGUUAAGGAGAUAAAACACUCAGUAGAGCUCAGCAAGAGAGAUGCAGAGAGAGAGAUAGCAGACAGCAGUAAGGUCUUCACUGCUCUGGUGCGCUCCAUUGAAAAGAACCAGGCUGAUCUCAUUAAGUUGAUUGAGAAGAAGCAGAAAGCAGCAGAGAUGCAGGCUGAGGGGAUAAUUAAAGAGCUGGAGCAGGAAAUCACUGAGCUAAAGAGGAGAAGCACUGAACUGGUGCAGAUCUCACACACUGAGGACCAUCUCCAUCUAGUCCAGAGCUUCCCAACACUAUGCACCCCUCCACCCACCAAGGACUGGUCUGAGAUCAGUGUUCACAGCGAUCUGUGUGUGAUGACUUUGAGGAGAGUGGUGUGUCAGCUGGAGGAGACACUGAAUAAAGAGAUUGAGAAGCUACCUGAAAUCAAAUUGAAGAGGAUGCAGCAGUAUGCAGUGGAUGUUACUCUGGACCCUGAUACAGCACAACGUGAACUCAUCCUGUCUGAGGAUGGGAAACAAGUAAGAUAUGGAGACACACAACAGAAUCUCCCUGAUAACCCAAAGAGGUUUGAUCCUGUCCUUAUUGUCUUGGGAAAGGAGGGCUUCUCCUCAGGGAGAUGUUAUUAUGAGGUGACUGUUACAGGGAAGACUGGAUGGAGUUUAGGAGUGGCCAGAGAGUCCAUAAACAGGAAAGGGAAUAUCACACUGUGCCCUGAUAGUGGAUGCUGGGCUGUGGUCCUGACGGAUAGGAGUAAGUACGCAGCUUGUGCCCCCAUCUGGACCCCCCUCUACCUGAGAGAGAAGCCCCAGAAGGUGGGGGUGUUUGUGGAUUAUGAGGACGGGCAAGUCUCCUUUUAUGAUGUGGAUGCCAGGUCUCAUAUCUACUCUUUCACUGGCUGCACCUUCACUGAGAAAAUCUAUCCAUGCUUCAACCCCGGCGUUAAUCAUUUUGGUAAAAACUCUGCCCCUCUGAUAAUCUCUUCUGUCAAUCAAACUGACCUGUAAAAUUAGUACCUAAAUUAGAGUUUUCUUUUAUGAAAUAAUAUUUCAAUGUAGUGUAUUACUGAUAUAGUUGUUGUUUGUUAUAAUCUGAAGUCCAUCUGUCAGUCUGUUAGACAUGACGAGUACAGAAUGCAGCAGCAAUGUAACACAGGAUCCCUGUAUUACCAAAUCACUCAGGCUCAUAACAAGUUACCUCAAGACUACCUUAAUCAUUUAAACUGGAACAACGAUCUUAGUAACAGGUGCAAUAAAUCCAAUUACAAACAGAUUGGAUUAGUUUAGAUGUUAUCUUUGUAUGGCAUACAAUUAAUCAAACAAUCAAUGCAAAAACACAGAUAUU